AUGUGUUUACCCGAGGGAGAGAGAGACAGAGAGAGAGCCAUGGCAUUAGAAGCAGUGGUGUUCCCACAAACACAAGGUUACACUUCAAUCAAGGAUUUCUACAACUGCAACUUCUUGUCUGCUUCACCUUCUCCCAACUGGGGUGCCUAUGAUCACCUCAACCUUGACAAAGAAGAAGAAGAACAAGACUCUAUCACUAACUUUCUCGAUAGCCAAACAGAGAAUUACCCUUAUGGGGAUUGGACCAGUUCCUCCACUUCUUCAAUGUUACCCCACUUGAAUGAAACCACUGACCUCAGUAACAACCAAAACAUUGAUACCCCAACUCGUCCCAAGAGGCGCAGACCCAAAAGCAGAAAGAACAAGGAGGAAAUUGAGAACCAAAGAAUGACUCACAUUGCUGUGGAGCGAAAUAGGAGAAAGCAGAUGAAUGAGUAUCUCUCUGUUCUUCGCUCUCUAAUGCCAGAUUCUUAUAUCCAAAGGGGUGAUCAAGCUUCUAUAAUUGGAGGUGCUAUUAACUUUGUGAAGGAGCUUGAGCAGAGGUUGCAGUUUCUUGGAGCUCAGAAAGAAGCAGAAGUGAAAUCUGAUGGUGGUGAUGGUGCAAACAAUAACAUGCCCUUUUCUGAGUUCUUCACUUUUCCUCAGUAUUCAACGAGUGGUGGUGGCUGUGAUAGUUCUGCAGCCAUAGCUGAGCACGUGGGUGAAGUUCAGUCUUGCAUUGCUGACAUAGAAGUGACCAUGGUGGAAAGCCAUGCAAAUCUCAAAAUAAGAUCCAAGAAGAGGCCAAAGCAGCUCUUGAAGCUGGUGUCUGGUUUGCAUACCAUGCGUCUCACAAUCUUGCACCUAAAUGUUACCACCACCGGUGAAAUUGUCCUAUACUCUCUCAGUGUUAAGGUAGAGGAUGAUUGCAAGUUGGGAUCAGUGGAUGAUAUAUCUGCAGCUGUAUACCAGAUGCUGGAUAGGAUUCAACAAGAGGGAAUGUUGAAUUAA